GUCGGCUGGCAACAUUUGGGACAGGUGUCGACGUUGUGGGUAGAAAAGCGUUUUGCAGAAGAAAUAUUUUCGCUUUUUGUAAAGUAUAAUAAACUAUUGAACAGUGAAAAAGCAAAAUAAACAAAUUGAAAUAAAUAGUUCAUGAAAGACUGAAUAAGUUCACUCGGUCAUUUCAGUGACCCGUUCAUCUGAACUUUUUCAGAACGAAACGACCCAACUCUAUAUCUAAUGCAUAUUUGUAUUGGCAACAUACACAUCUGCACGCCAAAGGUAUUUACAUCCAUUUCGCUGGCCAAAAACGAAGAUGGAAAACUCAAUUGAGAAGCGAGGGUCGAAUGGAAACCCCAACUUCAACAACAUGACAGAUGAACAGCUGAGGGAAUGGCACACAGCUUUUCUUUCUGAGGCUCAGCGCGAGAAUUAUGUGAACCACAAUUUGGAAAUAGUACGACAUUAUCGAACUGAAGCCAUUUCUCGAGCACCUGCCUUCGAUAUUGAACGGAACGCGAUAGACGCAGCAAUUGCUCGCCAUGGCCUCUGUGUGCCCAGCGGUAAUGAGAACAGUCCAUGCCCAAACACAGAGCCACAACUACAACAACCAGAACCUGUCGCUGCCCAGGAGGAAGAGCAACCGCCUCCAAUGCGCCGUCCUCGCAUGGAACAGCCAGAGCAGCAGCAAAAUGAUUCGGAUGCGCACUGUGCCAAUGUCAGUUCAACUUCAGCUAGUUAUGGCCAUUAUGUGGCGUUGGCCCACAUCUUUUCCGACACAUAUACGGCACGAGCCGAGUCCACGGCGUCAUCCAAUGUCAAUGUCAAUGGAAAUAACGCCAGUAAUAACUUUAACGAUCGGGAGGGCUCAGAUAUAAAUGACAUGGCGAUAACGAAGACCAUUGAUAGCUUGGGCCUUCGUCGCACUUAAUAAGUAAUUAGAAUAUACGUAUAUUAAUUAUUCACAAUUAAAAAAGAUAUUUAUUCAACAAAUUGUUAAAGGAUCAGCGUGUGCAACAUAUUGAUAAGAUCGUGUAUAUGUAUUUAUUUAUGCAAUGUAACUCCUAAAUGUUCAAUGGGAGUACGACAAAGAAACAUGGUAUUAGACUAUGUAAUGUAAAUAAUAUCAGAUGACGUUUGUAUAUAGAGCAUUUUAAUAAUAGUUGUGUAGCAUUUAAGAUUAGAAUACUUAACCACUGUUGUGUAUUGUAUGUUAGUGAAUAUACUGUAUACUACAAAUACAGAAACAUGACAUCUCAAACGAAUUUGAAAUGCUGUUGAUGAUAAACUAUAAAAUGGGCAAUUCAACAUUAACGGUCAUGUCAAUAAAAAUAAUUGGCAAUUAAAAAAA